UGGAAAACGGUGCACACUUUUUCGAAGGGACCGAGAAGCUGUUGGAGGUGUGGUUUUCUCGGCAGGAUUUGUGCACGGGAUCGGGAGACCUCCGGACCAUUCCAAGGCCACCUGGAAGCUCACUGAGGAAGAACAUUCCUGUGAUGAGAAGAUUGAGUAGCAUGCUCACGUCUGCUUUUUGUUGUCGGUAUGCAGCUGCUGCCAGGCGCCAGCAUCCCUUAUGGUUUUGACACACUGGCUGGAAGUUGGCGUGCGCACGUGCAGUGGUUGGUGUGUGCCAACUGUACUAUCAUGGUAGAGGCUGCUCAGACUGUUGAUCCUUCUCUGGCACCAAUGCCACCAGAGGUGCUAUGGUAAUCUUGUGUGGUCGGUGGUCUAACCAUUGGGGACUUCCCUGGACCUGGAAUGAUAAAGAUCACAGGUUUGAGUGGGACAAGCUAUUGGAAAAUGUGCAUUGUUUGAUCAUAAGUGUGACAAAGACAGACAGGCAGGAAGCCUAUAUACUCAGUGAGAGUAGCAUGUUUGUCUCCAAGAGACGUUUCAUUUUGAAGACAUGCGGUACCACCCUCUUACUGCAAGCACUGGAGCCCCUGUUGGAACUUGCUCGUGAGUACUGCGGCUUUGAUUCCAUUCAGGAUUUCUUCUAUUCCCGCAAAAACUUUGUGAAGCCAGCACAUCAGGAAUACCCACAUAGGAACUUUCAGGAAGAGGUAGAAUUUCUGGAUAUGGUGUUCCCAAAUGGGGCGGCCUAUUGCAUGGGACGUAUGAAUUCUGAUUGCUGGUAUCUUUACACUCUGGAUAUGCCAGAGGAUAGUGGGAUCAAACAGCCGGAUCAGACACUUGAGGUUCUGAUGAGCGAGCUUGAUCCAGCUGUCAUGGACCAGUUCUUCAUGAAAGAUGGUGUUACUGUAAAUGAUGUCACUCGAAUGAGUGGAAUUCGUGACCUGAUACCAGGUUCAGUCAUUGAUGCCACAUUGUUCGAUCCUUGUGGUUAUUCAAUGAAUGGAAUGAAAGUGGAUGGGACUUACUGGACAAUUCACAUCACCCCAGAACCAGACUUCUCCUAUGUUAGUUUUGAGACUAACCUGGCCCAGACUUCCUACGAUGAUCUAAUCAAAAAAGUUGUAGAUGUCUUCAAGCCAGGAAAAUUUGUCACAACCCUUUUUGUUAACCAGAACUCCAAAUGUCGUGGUUCAUUUUCUUCUCCCCAGAAAAUUGAAGGAUUCAAGCGCCUCGAUCGCCAGUGUGCCCAGUUCAAUGAUUACAAUUUUGUCUUUUCUAGUUAUGUCAAGAAUUGUCAGAGACAGCAGAGUUGAAUAGCAAAGAUGAAAAAACGUAAAAAAAAGUGCAAAGUAAAUGGUGGCCAUCCUCUAGUUCAGGGUAGCAAGGGCCAAACUUCACACUGCCACCAUUUUAUCAGUUUUGUAGGCCCUGUAUGUAACCAUAAUAGAAUUGUGUCAAGUUUGAAAUGUAACCGUUCUCGUAACAAAGAGUUGGAUAUCUUGCAUGAACGCUCUUUUCUCUGUUUAGUUAUGCUAGGCCAUUCUUGCUGUGAUAUUGAAGUGCAUGUAGAGCAGUUCAGUGCUUAUUGUUUACAGUUAUAUAACACUUGCAAAGUUAGAAAUGCGCGGUAUGUAGGUUUUCUACAGAUGACGCCAAAAAUUCUCCACAGACAAGGUUUUCGUCCUCAUUAGGUGUGAGCCCUGGCCUGUUUAGAGCAGUUUAUUCACUAGUUUCCUUUCAGUCAAAUGUCCUUGAAAGAAUCGGGAACUCUUUAUUUGUUGGUAUGGAUCAAUUUCCCAGAUGCCCAGACUGCACUGGAUAGCUUGUUAGGAGUUUAAUCAGACUCUUAACAGGGAGAUUUUUGUUAUAUUCUUGUUUAAUACCUCUUUACCAAAACUAGUUUGUUUCCAGCAGACAAAAUUUGGCACAUUCCAUUUGAUUUAUUGAAUAAAAAACUUGAAUUGACUGUAAAGACUGUUGAACAUCCUACUUUAAUCAUGCCAGGGGUCACCCAACCCAAAUCGUUUUGUAUGAGUUCCUCAUUAAAAGUGAAUAGACAGAAUGUAAAACUGUUAGAUCAGUUGUAAUCAGUUUUGUUUAAGCAGCAAUGACCUUUAUUCAGAUAUUGAGAACAAUCCCAAGACACCCUGUCUAUUUUCUGCUGUAUCACUUGGUAGUACACUAAUCUGUAAAUAAAUUGUUGGGGAAUGUUCAGAUAGUAUGGGCUCAGAUAGAAACAAACAUAGCCACUAAAUAAUUAGUAAAAUUGGGUAAUAUUAUUGGUGCUGAAAAUCACAAUGAGAUGAUAUUAACCCAUUCCUACUGAUUUUCUGGUGAUUUGGGUUGGCUUGUCUUUCUGAACUUCAAUAAGUUUGCAUAGGAACACAAUGUGGCAUUUGUCCCAUAAAUGUUGGAAUAGUGUAACUUAGGUUUGCUUGGAACUAUUUAAAAUCUUCAAAAUUCUGGUUGUUGAAGUGGCUGGUAUAUUUGCCGCAUUCUUGUUAAUUAUAAGAUUCCAGUUUAUAAACAAAUUUAUUUGCAGAGUUACUAUGGCAUUGAAAAAUAAAUAAUCCAUAAAGAUUGCGUGCUGUUUUGUGGACCAAUCACUUUUUUAAAAUAAAGACAUUAAAGAAAUAUAGUCUUGAGGCGCAUCCACAGGUCCUCGACUCUCAAUGUUGAAUUCCAUUUUGGUAUGGAUUGAGAUGUAUAUAAACUGCAGUUAGCUAAAACAGUUGCUCUAAUUUUGAGAAAUGUAAUUUGAGUAAUGAUUAGCAGCCUUUACUGUGAAAGAUUACGAUAUUUUUGCUCAUUGGUGCUGUUAAUUCUAUCAGUUAAGGGGAAAUUUUGGCGCCAUUAAAACUUUUAUGCCAAGUUGUUUAAAAUAUUUUAAUUCUAGUUCUGAAAUCUUUUAUCUGUACUACAAGAUGCUUCAAUAAAAUUAAGAUUUAUGGAA